UUUUUGUUGUUUUCCAUAUGGGGAGGGUGGAAUGAGAAGACUGGAGUCUUUGUGGUACCUUCUAGAUUGGCACCCGGGAACAUAUGCCUUGUACUGGUAUCCCCCUUGCAGUUAGAGGGCAAUGGAAUUUCUUUUCCUUUGAUUUACUCUGAUUUACUCUGGUCAUCAUUCUGUAUUAUCUGAAAUAGUCUCUCCAGGAUGGUAGGAAGGAGAGAGAUGAAACAACUUUUAUUUUGAACAGUCAUGAAAGGAAUUAGAAUAGGCACAUGUUUGUUACACAACAGAAUAAUGAAAUUUAUGUUUGUUGUUAAUGUGCUAUCCUCUACUUUACUUCUUCCUGAUUUCAAGGCACUGAUGGGCUGUCAUAGAAAAUAAGGACUAUAUUUAUUAGCCAGAGGAUGAAUGAGUGGAAGUCACAGGAAGGCAAAUCUUGGGUCACUAUAGGAAUAAAUUGCUAACAGUCCAAUGGACCAAUUAUGGCAUUGAUUGCCUGGGGAUGUUAAAAAAAAAAAAGUAAACCAAACCCAGUGCCAUCGAGUCGAUUCUGACUCAUAGCGACCCUGUAGGACAGAGUAGAACUGCCCCACAGAAUAUCCAAGGAGCACCUGGCAGAUUCGAACUGCUGGCCCUUUGGUUCAUAGCUGUAGCACUUAACCACUAUGCCACCAGGUAGGGAGGUUUAUAUUCCUACCUUUCCUCUUGGGCAAGAAUGCAGUAGAAAGAACCCAAGCCUCAGAUUGUGUUUGGAGUAGAUAAAAUGAUCUAAGAGUUAAAUGAAAUCCACAAAAGGAGUGCCAAAUUCAUGUCACAAAGAAGUAGAGAUGGAAGUAGAGAGUAAAGGAAUAGCUUCUAGAGGCAGGAGUUGGAGUAUGGGAACAGAACCUAUGGGAUUUGUAGGGCAAUAAAAUACAAAACCCCUCACAGAUCAAUGAAAGCUGACUAUGAGAUAGUGAACUCAGACAGAAUUUUUGAACCACACAUAGAAGACUUUGUUGUGACUGGGGAAGUUAAGAGAAUUUGGUGUUAGACUCACUGAUUUUGAGCUGGUGAUACGAUAUUCCAGUAGAUAGGUCUAGAAGGCAGUUGGGGGAUAUUAAACUGCUGCAUGGUGCUCAAAAGAGAGGUUAUGGCUGGAUAUAAAGAUUAGGAUGUGCAUUUCAUUGUAUGAUAGAGAUGUUAGACUGAAAUAAUAGGGCAAAGGGGGUUGAAAGACUGAAAUUGUAAGUUUGAAUAAAUUCUCUGAGCUUUUUUGGAGAAUAUUCACAAUUAAGGAAUGCAAGGAGGAGCAGGAGUUUAGGAGGAAGUAAGGACUUAAAAGAGGGGAUAAAUGAGGACUGGUGCAAGUGACUCUUGUUUUGAAGACACAUUCUUAUCUUUUUCAUUUUAGCUCUGCUAAUUUUAGGUUUAGUGUAGAAGAUACAGAAAUGCCAUGAAAUUUUCCCCUAAUCACUGCCAAGCAGAAAUGUGGAUGAUUCACAUGAAAGCCAUCUCCAUAGAAAACCAGACUACUACUGGAUUUGUCCUCCUUGGCUUCCAUGACGUCCCUGAACUGCAUCUCCUUUUCUUUAUUGUGUUCACAGUUGUCUAUGCCUCUAUUAUCAUAGGGAAUAUGCUAAUCAUUGUGGCAGCAGUUAGCUCCCAGAGGCUUCACACACCCAUGUAUUUCUUUCUGGCCAAUCUGUCCUUCCUGGAGAUCCUCUACACCUCCACAGUGGUCCCAAAAAUGCUAGAGGGCUUUUUGAAGGAGGCAGCCAUUUCUGUGGCUGGUUGUUUGCUACAGUUUUUUAUCUUUGGCUCUCUAGCCACAGCUGAAUGCUUCCUGCUGGCUGUCAUGGCAUAUGAUCGCUACCUGGCAAUCUGCUACCCACUCCACUACCCACUCCUGAUGGGGCCCAGAUGGUGCUUGGGGCUGGUGGCCACAGCCUGGCUGUCUGCUUUCAUGGUAGGUACACUUAUUGUGGCUCUGAUGUCACAGCUGAGGUUCUGUGGCCCUAACCACAUUGACAACUUUUACUGCGACUUCAUGCCUUUGGUGGAGCUGGCUUGCUCAGAUCCCAGAGUGGCCCAGGUGACAACCUUCAUGCUCUCUGUGGUCUGUCUCACUGUUCCCUUCGGUCUGAUUCUGACAUCCUACGUCCGGAUACUGAUGGCUGUGUUAAGAGUUCCUGCUGCGGCCCGCAGGCGAAAGGCUUUCUCCACAUGCUCCUCUCACCUAGCUGUAGUGUCCACAUUCUAUGGAACCCUUAUGACCUUGUACAUUGCACCUUCUGCUGUCCACUCCCAGCUUCUUUCCAAAGUCUUUGCUCUGCUUUACACUGUGGUCACCCCCAUCUUUAAUCCUGUGAUCUACACCCUGAGAAACAAGGAGGUUCAUCAGGUACUGUGCAGACUUCUCCAUAUUAAGCAAACUGAAACACUUGAUUGA